AUGGCGAAAAAGCGCAAAGCAUCCGCCCAGGCGCGCGACCAGCAAACGUCUUUCGAUGUUGACCCAGCGAAGUCGAAGCUUCGGGUCGACACCUAUGAGGAUGUGGCGGAUUCGGAGGAUGAGUUCCACAUCAACCGAGACAAGAUACUGUUGGACGAGGAGCCACAGGCGAAGAGGAUGAGGAGGUGGAAGGAGCAAGACGAAUUCCUGCAGCCCUCCGACGAAGAAGUCCUAGCUUACGACACUCCUUCCGAAGCCGAAGACCAGGACCUUGAGGACGGUGACGAUGUAUCAGACAGCGCCGAAACAGCCAGCAAAGCGGCGCCAGGGCGCGGGCGGGGAUCAGACGCCUCUGAAUCCGAGGACGGUGACGAAGACAUGGGCGGAUGGGGCCCCUCGAAGAAGGAUUACUAUAAUGCGGACAAAAUCGAGACGGAGCAAGAUGCUUUUGAUGAGGAAGCCGAGGCGCGGCGACUGCAGCAAAAGCAACUGCAAGCCAUGACGGAGGCAGAUUACGGCUUUGAUGAAGCAGAUUGGAGAGACGCCGGUCAUGAUGGAGAAGCUGACGAAGCCAGAGAAGAGGGCGAUGUUGUCAUUGAGGUGCUGCCACAACUACAGAUCGCGGAGGAUAUGGGCCCUGCAGAGCGGCUCAAGCUGCUGAAGACACGAUAUCCAGAAUUCGAGCCCCUUGCGAAGGAGUUUCUGGACUUGCAGCCUUUGCAUGAAGAGCUAGCGCUUGCUGCUGCCGCUGCUGAAAACCUGCAAAGGAAUAGAAGCGCGGCAAAAGCAGGUUCGAAUAGAACGCCGGUCGCAGUGGUCAAGCACAGAGCUCUGGCUGCUUAUCUUGCCGCUAUCUCUAUGUAUUUUGCGCUGCUCACAUCAGCGUCGAAUGAAAGUGAUUCCACACGAGCUGCGCUAGCUCCAGCGCAGUUGCGAGAUCACCCAGUCAUGGAUAGCUUGGUGGAAUGCCGGACACUGUGGACCAAAAUCAAGGAUCUGCGCAUCACAGAAGCGAUACCGAAUAGUGCCAACGGCAAUGACCUAUCAUCGAUUGAGGAAGAGCCGGUAACAAAGGCGGAAGGAAGACCAGAAGAAGCGGUCGUCAACGGAGAAGGCAAAGCAACUCGGAAACCCAAGAAGACUAAGGCAGAGCGUGCAGCAGAAGCUGCGCAUGCCGAAGCUGAGGCUCGCCGCGCCGAGAGAAUGCGAAGAACCGAGGAAGAGCUUGCUGCGCUAUCAUCUUUGACGAACAGGACCGCAGUACGUAAAGUCAAAAAGUCGAGGCCUACCAAAUCUGACGUCGUGAACGGCGACGAUUCCGACUUCGGCGAUGAGACGGAGCUCACCGCCCACGAAGCUGCAGAAAAGGCGAGACGCAAGAAGAGCUUGAGAUUCUACACCUCACAGAUCGCUCAGAAAGUCAACAAGCGCGGGGCUGCUGGACGCGAUGCAGGCGGCGACACAGAUAUACCGUACAGGGAGCGUCUAAGGGACAGACAAGCCAGACUCAACGCUGAAGCCGAGAAGCGCGGUCGCAAGCAGCCGGCUCAAGGCGAAGAGCUGGGUGGCGAAAGCGACGAAGAGGACAGACAACAAGCCAGGCAGAUCCGAGGCGAGGAUGGCAAAGAUGACGAGGAUUACUACGACAUGGUUGCCGCUCGAACGAACAAACGCAAAGCGGACAAACAAGCUUUGGCUGAAGCACAUGCGCAAGCUGAGCGUGAGGGCGGCAGGGUUGUUGAACAAGAGGUCAUAGGGCAGGACGGCAAACGUGCCAUUACCUACGCCAUUCAGAAGAACAAGGGCUUGACGCCGAGGCGGAAGAAGGAUGUCCGGAAUCCGCGAGUCAAGAAGAGGAAGGCCUUUGAGGACAAGAAGAAGAAGCUGGGUAGCAUCAGGCAGGUAUACAAGGGCGGCGAGGGCAGAGGCGGAUACAAGGGUGAGCUGACAGGUAUUAAGAAGGGACUGGUGAAGAGCGUGAAGCUUUAG